AUGGAGAAGUGUAACAUCUUUAGUUGGAAUGUUCGGGGUAUGAAUAAAGGUAAUAAACAGAGAGAUAUUCGUGACUUGUGUCGAUUGAAUAAUAUUGGUUUUGGGGCGCUCUUUGAGACCAAAGUCCGCCAUGAGAAAGCAGCAGGAAUAAUUAGCAAUAGUUUUCCCAACUGGGAUUAUUACUCGAGUAGUGUGAUUUCUUACAGAAUAUUGCUAAUUUGGCAAUCGAAAUUUGUGCAAGUUCAAAUUCUUGAUGAAGAUCCUCAGUUUGUGCAUUGUAAAAUUAGAGUUUCAGGUCAUAAAACAGAGUUCUUCUUAACAGCUGUAUAUGGCUCAAACUCUAUUUUGGAAAGGAAAGUUUUGUGGGAUAAGCUUGCUAGGUUAGGGCAUUUGAAUCUUCCUUGGAUUGUUUUAGGGGACUUCAAUGCUAUGUUUAGCUAUCAAGACAGAAAUGGAGGUACACCUAUAACUCCUAAAGAGGUUUCUGAUGCUAAAAAUUGGCUUUCUUUAGGCCAAUUGGAUGAAAUUCGUUAUGCUGGAUCCUCUUACACCUGGUUCAAAGACACUGUUCUUGAUAGUUGGAACAAGCCCACAACUAAGGAAGGCCUAGCUGGCAUCAUUCAAAAGCUCUACAGGGUGAAACAUGUGUUGAAGAAAUUCCAAAAAAAGGAUUUGGGAGACAUUCCUCACAGCUAUCAGAAGAGGAGGGCUGAAAAUAGAAUUACUUCCUAUGUAGUAAAUGAUGAGGUGAUCGAUGAUUUUGACAAGGUGGUAGAACAUUACUUUAAUCACUUCAGGAAUUUUAUGGGGAAGAAGAGUUCGACGAAUAAAGAGAUUGAUAUCAACUGCCUGAAAUUUGGUGAAAAGCUCACUAUUAAGCUGCAGGUCAAACUAAUUAGGCCGUUCUCUAUGAAAGAAGUGAAAGAAGCUAUGUUUGGUAUUCACUCAAUUAAGAGCCCCGGUCCGGAUGGGUUUGGUGCUGGAUUUUUCAAAGGACUAUGGAAUGAGAUAGGAAAUGACAUUAGCAUGGCAGUGAUAAAUUUUUUUCGAGAUGGUGUGCUCCCCAACGAACUUAAUGAGACUGACUUGCUCAAGGGUUAUACGAGGAAAAAAAUUUCAGCUAGAUGCAUUAUGAAGAUCGAUCUUAGUAAAGCUUACGACACAGUUGAUUGUCGGCUUCAUGGAACUUUUAGAGGGGAAAAGGGUCUUCGACAAGGAGAUCCGAUAUCUCCUCUCUUGUUUGUUCUGAUAAUGGAGUAUCUAUCUCGGUUAUUGCUUCAGACUUCUGAACAUAAAGGAUUUGAUGAUCUAGUCAUUUUUUGCAAGGGUAAUGAGGAAUCAAUGAGUCUCACUCAGUCAGCCAUUAAAAGCUUUUGUGAUACAAUAGGCCUUUCAAUCAACAACACAAAGUUUCAUAUAUACUUUGGAGGCAUUAAUGAUGAAUGUAAAACCAAACUUUUGGAGAUUGCUCAAAUGGAAGAAGGCUCUUUCCCGCUUAAGUACCUCGGAGUUCAUCUAAGACCAACAAAAUGGAGAGCUGCAGACUGUGGGGGAAUUAUUGAUAAAAUUCAACGGAGCCUCCAUUCUUGGGCGAGCAGGAAUCUUUCCUUUGCGGGCCGAGCUCAACUCAUUCAUUCAGUCCUUCUUGGCAUUAGGAAUUUCUGGAUGAGUAUCUUCAUUUUACCUCAAAAAGUAGUUGCUGCCAUUGAUAAAAGCUGCAGAGAUUUUCUUUGGGGGUUGAAAGGGAAUCGAAGCAAGCUUCACCUCACUUCUUGGGAUCAAGUCUGUCUUCCCAAAAAGUAUGGAGGAAUUGGCUUCUUUGAAGGUAGAAAAUGGAACAUUGCGAUGAUGGCCAAGCACAUCUGGGCAAUUUCGAGCAAACAGGAUUGCCUUUGGGUCAAAUGGAUCGACUCGAUCUACCUUAAAGGUCAAAGUUUCUGGUCUGUCCCUUUAAAAAAUGACACAAGCUGGUACUUUCAGAAAUUCUUGAAGCUGAGGAAUGUUAUUGAUUGUGCUGCUGUUACUUCCUCGGGGUUAAGAGGUAAAUUCAAAGCGAAUUCUUUUUAUCUUUCUCUUAUAGCAGCUAGCAAAGUUCAUUAUGCUUCUGCAAUAUGGCAUCGUUUAUGUGUCCCGAAACACAGAUUUAUUUCCUGGCAAGCGAUGAAUGAUCACCUUCUCACUCGAGAUCAUCUUGGGAAAAUAAUGGAGCUGGCCUCUUAUUACUGCCCUGUUUGUGAAAGUGUCAUUGAGACCCAUCAACACCUCUUUUUUUACUGCACUUUUACUAAGAAUCUUCUUCAGGAUGUUAGUUCUUGGUCUGGUUUUAGUGGCUGGCCUUCCAACAUUGAAGCCUGGAAGAUUAGGUGCACCAAAACCUGCUCUGACUUGCUGUCUUCGGUGUGGAAUGCUAUCCUUUCAGCAGUGUUCUAUUCUGUUUGGUGUAAUAGAAAUAGAUGUGUGUUUGAUUUGUGUUGUAGCUCGGUGAAGGUUGUUAGUUCAUCUAUUAAAUUAGCUAUCAAAGCUAGAGUUAAGGGAAUUAAUUGUACUAAGGCAAAGAAACGAGAAAGAGAUGUAAUUGGCCUUAUAAACUCCCUUUAA